UAGAGUGUAUAUUUAUUAUGUCUUCUUUUCUUUGCCUUACUUGUAAAAUGCGUAAAGUGGGUUAAACGGUUUGAUAUGUUGUGAUAAAAUACUACAUAAGAUACUAGACAAAACAUGGAAAAAAUCUAUAAACCAAAGACCAAUAAAGUCAUAAACGUGAAACAAGUACUCGAUAGUUUUCGACAGGAAAUAUUACUGGCUGGUUGGGACGGCGUUCCGGUUACGGAGGACGAUAUUCGUUUAGCUAUAAAUUUCAGCGGCUCAGAAAAGCAAUUUAAGGAUGUUUUACUGACGGUCGAUUUGGAACAUUUGGCCAGUGAGAGAGAUCCUCGAAAAAUACCGUUUCAUCCAGCUAAAAUACAAAAUAUACAAAAACCAGCUGAAGUGUCUGAUAAGGCGAACCGUUUCAAUUGUGUUCAGAAUGCUAUGAAGAUAACCGGCAAAGUACGAAAAAACUUGGAUUCGAAGAUUCGCUAUAAUAAGCACAAGUAUACAUUUAUGGGCAGUCAGGAACAAACCGAUUUGGAGCCUUUCUCUGAGAUGCUCUUGGAGGUGCGAUUCUACGAACCAUUUAAAUACAAACCAGGUGUACGAUUAGGGCACCCCAAGUUUCAUCAAGAAUUUUAUGUACUUGGGUCACAAUUUCUAAGCGAACUACGUGAUAAAAUCUACUGUCAAUGCGACAUGGGACCGUUCUUCGACAUUAGUGAAGACCCACAAGGGGACUUGCAGAAAAAAGACGAAUUGCGUCCUAACUCUGGUUUCUUUUUCAUACAUAAUACGUUUUACAACGAUAUGAGAAAUCCAAAGAAUUUUGACUACUCAGAGGUUAUUAGGAAUUGGGCUGAUAAACAGAAGAAUGUGUGUCCGUUAAAAAUUGGCUCUAUGCAUGAAACCAAAUUUGAACAGCUUAUAUUCCGGCUGGGGUACCCACAGGUUUACCAACAUCAUGGAAAUUGUGAACAUAUAUUUGUGAUUUCUGAUUGUCGACUGCUAGCCACUUCUGAUGUAUUAGAGCGAAGGCGAUAUCCUAUUCUUAACUCCUAUGCUUUUCCACGAUCUAUUCCUUGUAAUAUAUGUGGGCAUUGCGAAGCAAACUAUAUCGUAAAAAAUAGUGAUCAACACAUCUUUGAUCCUGCCUACAUUUGCCAAGUAUGUUUUCGAUCGUAUCAUUACAAGGAUGGGAACAAAAUAGGGCAGUUCGAAGCUUUCAGGUUUCUAGGUACUAAGAUUGCGGUCAAGGAAGACGACGAAACAGACGGACGUAUUUGAAAUAAAAAAAAG